ACACUGAAAGUGAAUGAAGCAAAGGUUUUAUGAUUUUCCAGCGAGCGUGAAUUUGAAACUCAACGUGGGGUUAAAAUAUCAAAAUCCGCUCGCGAAGGUUCCUUGUUUUAAAAUAAAAUACAAAUUAAUUUUACUAACAGACGAGUGAGUGAAUUUCAAAGUAUUGCAGCUGCACCGAGCAAAGCGAAAACUACUACACAAUCACAUACACAUCCCCUUUUGCAAUUCACUCACCUACACGCUUGCCCAGUUGAAACACACACUUGUAAAAUAUUUACUGUUACCUUUUGCUUGCUCUUUGGUUGCUGCUUGUGCGUAUGUGUGUGUCCCUGUUAGCCCUACAAGCACCGUUACACAUUCCAUCAAAUACAUAUUUUGUGCCACUACACAAAAAUACAAAUCUACGCUAAAUGCUAGUGAGAAAAAUGUCGGCGGCUGUCAGUUCAACCGUGGCUGCACUUGCUGCUGUCGCAGCGACUACUACAACAACAGCAGCAAAAAUUACCAACUUCACUACAACGGCUGCGGCAGCGGUGGCUCGAGCAAACAACAAUUACAGCAAUGUUUCCACAGUAAUGGGCAUAGGCAGCCAAGGGAACAGCGUAAGCGCGACAUCUGCUGCUGUUGCUGGUGUCUCCGAUCAUCUGCCGCUUCAGCUGACCACUGCCAAAGUGGAUUUGGAUUUUGAAAUAGAUAUACAGCUGCUAACGAAUGCUUACGAAGGCACAACGCUCACCAAUUAUCAAAUUGCCGGCGCUAUCUUAUUUUUGAUGGCACACUUUUCCACCACCUCCAGCACACCACUGCCCACAAUCGAAGCUCUAGGGCCAGUUGAUGCAUUGGACUACGCACAACAACCAAACGAAGUGUUGCCAAUUCAUCCAUUACUACUAUAUCCGAUGUCACGGAAUUUACAACUGCAGGGACGGGAGCUUGAUGAUGAGGACAAUAACGUAAUUUAUGUGAAACUAUUGAAGCGUAAAGCCUACCACCCAACAAAGCUGCCGCACACCAAUGCAUUAUAUGAAGGAAGCAAUGUGCCGCGUGAGCUCACCAUGAAGGACAUUUUCUAUGUGAAAGCGCUAGUCAAUGGUCAAUUUAGUCAUCAACGUCUCAAAUUAUAUCGACUACCGGAAUUCUAUGCGAUAAGCGUAUUCCACAAGGGAGCAAAACUGUGAAAAGCUGCAAACCAACAUACUCGUACAUAUGUACAUACAUAUAUAUGUAUGUCAUCAUCAUAGUAAAUUAAAAAUUAAUUAUAAGCUAUAUUUCAAUGAAACAUCUUCAGCUCAUUUGUUGAAUUUUUAUUUUGUAGUGAAUUAGAGUUAAGUGCUUAUGACUUAAGUAUUAUUGUGGCUUAUUGUGAUUGAUUUCUU